AUGAAGUUGUACCAGAAAUGGUUUGAUACUGGAAUGAGCUCUAUUUUCAGUGCUAUUGCAAAUAAAAAGUAAGUUGACCUACAACUUUAUUUACCAUUUAUAUGGUUCGCCCAAUAACUAGUACAAAAUCAAGUUUCAAUAUUUACUUAAACAAGAUAAAACUUACUCUACUAAUGUUAGGUUAUCAUUUACCCCAUCAUUUUAGGUUAAAGAAACGCAGAAAGUCAAUAACAAAGAAAUUUGGCAAGUGCUCGGCAGAAGCAGACGACCUUAAAAAGCAUGCUCGUUGUGUAUCAAACUUAUUGAAGAACAAGUACCAUGCCAAUAAGCCACAGACAAUAAGCAGGUUCAACAGAUAUCAACCGAAAGUACUUGAAAGUACAGAAGAAAGUGCGUUCAAGCAGGUCAGAAGCAGAAGAUCGAUUAAAACUGUAGAAUCUUAUCACAUUAAGAAUAGUAAAGCAGUUAUUAGUCCAAUGAUGCAAGUAAGCAUUCAUAAAUUUUUAAAAUUUACGUCUGUCAUAAAUGUCAUUCUUCAUGACAUCCUGUACGCAACUUUUAAACAUUAGCUAGGCCAUGGCGAAAUCAAAUUAAACAUAGCCAGUUCUAAUGUUUCCAUUUCAGAUAGCCAGAACGGUUUACGAAUCAGUAAAGAAAGCCACAAACAAAACCGAACUGCCAAAAUGGCAAGACACCGUGCAAAAGCUACAAGAACAAAAAGUCGAGCUGAAGAAGAAAAAGAAACUCUUAGAAGACAACUCCGAAGAAAACUUGGACAAUAUGGGUUUGAAAGGCCUACAGGCUCAGAUCAACAAGAAUGACAUUGAAUUUGACGGAGAUUUGGAAGAGAUUCAAAAAGACCCUGUAAAGACGAAGAAGCUUCUGUCAGAUCUAAAGAAGAAAAAACAAAACACUCUUGAGGGCAAAACAGUGGAGUUGAUCAGAAGUGCAAUGGAACUAGGGUACAAGUUGGCUGGACAAAACACAACCAACUUCUACAACAACAACCUCAAGAUUGCAUCUCCCAAAUUCUUAGAGUUGUUCCCUGAGAAACAAGACAAUGACACUGUAAGAAAUAUAGCAAUUUUUUAACUUUAACUUUUUUAAAGCUAGGAUACCUCCGCUGGUCUUCAUUAAACCUAUUAAAAUUUGACUAAAAUAGAUAAAUAUAUUAAAACUCAGACUAAAACAUUUUUAGAUUAACCUGAUCUCGCCGUCACUGUUUGCGUUACACGACAGUAAAGACCCUAUCGAAAACUUGACAAGUAUUCCAACAUUAAUGAAGGAUGUGGGUCUACAAGACCAACAACUGUGGAUGGACAUUAUCAUGGAAGCUGCUGGAAUCAACAAUCAUUCAGAACAAUUAGAAGAGGUAUGGAAUAAAUAAUUUAGCAUAAACCAAUUAUAAUAAUGAUUUUUGCUAUAAAUAUGUUUUAAUGGCUCCUUUAAAGACCAUUUCAUAUCAUUUUGAGUAUUUUCAGAUUUAAAAAUAAUAUAUUUAUAAAGUAAUUACUUAGGAACAAAUGCCUUACAGAAAAUAAAAGCCGAAGGAAGACAAGACACAGAAGACCUGAUAGAUGGCAUCAAGAAAAUGGUGGACGAAAAUGGAGUUCCGUUAUACCAAACCCAACAAAACGCCACAGUACUUGGUACUCCGAAUGCAACAUUUGAGUAUUGGGAAAAGAUUAGAAACUCGUAUUCAAAAGAACAGGUAAGUAACAAUACAAAGUAAAUAAAAAUAUAUUACAUAAUAGAUAGGUAAGCAUCCGCUUAACUUAACCUAAUAUAAUAUUACUAGGUUGUUCAAAAAGUAAUGAGCAAGUCUUAUAAUAUUUGAAAAAACAAAAAAAACCUUUCAAAAUUACCUUUUUGAAUAAUUUUAGCUACGUGAAAUGAAUCACACUGGCUAUGCCAUUCUACGCAAAGACCAAAUAGAAACUCUUUAUGGACCCGCCUCACCUAUGAGAAACGAUGAGAAGUACCACAUGCUAAUGAACAUGACUGAAGAUGAAAUCCACACCCAAAUCGACGAAAAUAUCCACGAACUUGCCGAAGUAGAAAACUUUAAAUUGCGACAAAAAGACAUAGUAUUAUCCCCAGUAUACUUCACAUGGGUAGUACUGAAUCCCGCUCUCACUUCCCAACCCUACAUCUUGUCACCAUUGGCGUUUGAUCCCAUUAUUUUGUCUCCUUCCAUUUGGGGUGCUGUCAUUCUAACUCCGUGGAUAUUCACACCAUUUGUUUUGUCUCCACGUAUUUUAGGUGGAAUCAUCUUGUCUCCAUGGAUCUUCGGUCCUAUCAUUCUGACUCCAAUCGCUUUACAUCCUGCCAUUUUGUCACCAGGUGUGUUCAAUCCCAUCGUCCUCUCGCCACUGUUGUUAACACCAUUUAUUUUAUCGCCCCAGGUCUUUACCCCAUUGAUUUUGAGUCCAUUGUGUCUUGAUCCGAUCAUUCUGAAUCCUCUGGUAGGUUCACCAUUAGUUUUGUCGCCUUUCGUGCUGACUCCGACAAUCUUGUCACCACAUUUCUUGGGAGGCCUGAUUAUGAGUCCUUACGCUUUAUCACCUGUUAUAUUGUCACCACUUACUGCUUUCGUAGCUUUGUUAUCACCUAGUUGGCUUAGUUAA